GUCAAACAUGUUCCAAUAACGGGCUAUAUGCUGCUAUUUGCAGUUUGCUGUAGCCAGGCGUCAGAGUGAGCCUGAGCAGAAACCUGCAGCGAUGUUUCUCCUUCUUCGUCUUCUUCCUCUGUGAUGGAAACGGUCUGAUCAGAAGGGAUGGCAUCUCCAAAGCUGCAAACAAAUGAGAGAGAUCUAACCUUCACCAGCACUACCUCAAAGACAAAGCAUUCAUCUGUCCCCGAGCUCUAAGACGACAGAGGAUGGCAGGAUGUGUAAGGAUGAACGCACUGAUGGGACAUCCUCAAGGGUUACAUGUGAGGCUGCUGGCUGUGUGUGUGAUACUAAGCUGGCUUGGUAUUAGAGACCAUUUGGGGGUCUAUGCCCAGAACACUGAGAGGAGGGUAUUGGCUCACAUCCCCGGGGACAUCAUCAUAGGGGCUCUCUUCUCAGUCCACCACCAACCACCUGCAGACAAGGUUCAUGAGCGAAAAUGUGGUGCGGUGCGAGAGCAGUACGGGAUCCAGAGAGUGGAGGCCAUGAUGCACACUCUGGAUCGAAUCAAUGCAGACCCUUCUAUCCUCCCCAACAUCACUCUGGGCUGUGAGAUCAGGGACUCGUGCUGGCACUCUGCUGUGGCACUGGAGCAGAGCAUCGAGUUCAUCCGGGACACGCUUGUGUCGAACGAAGAGGAGGAGAACCAGGGCAAGUGCACUGCAGAGCAAGGGAGCAUGCUGAUGCAGGGGAAGAAGCCCAUCGUGGGCCUGAUUGGACCAGGGUCCAGCUCUGUGGCCAUCCAGGUGCAAAAUCUCCUCCAGCUCUUUAACAUCCCACAGAUAGCGUACUCGGCCACGAGCAUGGACCUCAGUGACAAGAGCCUGUAUAAAUAUUUCAUGAGGGUGGUGCCAUCAGAUAUGCAACAGGCCAGAGCCAUGGUGGACAUCGUCAAGAGAUACAACUGGAGCUACGUGUCUGCUAUACACACAGAGGGUAAUUAUGGAGAGAGUGGUAUGGAGGCUUUUAAAGACAUGGCAGCAAAGGAGGGGAUCUGCAUCGCCCACUCUGAUAAGAUAUAUAGCAACGCAGGGGAACAGGGUUUCGAUACUUUGCAAAAGCUGCGAGCCCAUCUGCCCAAAGCCAGGGUGGUGGCCUGCUUCUGCGAGGGCAUGACUGUCAGAGGCAUACUGAUGGCCAUGAGACGACAGCGCCUGGUGGGGGAGUUUCUGCUGGUUGGCAGUGAUGGCUGGGCGGACAGGUAUGAUGUCACGGAUGGUUUCCAAAAGGAGGCAGCAGGUGGAAUCACUAUAAAGCUAAAGUCAGCGUAUGUGACCUGGUUUGAUGAUUAUUACCUGAACCUGAAACCCGACUCCAACCUGAGGAAUCCCUGGUAUCCUGAGUUCUGGCAGCAUCGCUUCCAGUGCAGGCUGAGGGGACAUCCACAGGAGAGCAACAUAUUCAACCGCACCUGCACCUGGAGGGAGUCGCUGCGCCAUCAGUACGCCCAAGACACCAAGAUGGGUUUUGUGAUAAACGCCAUUUAUUCCAUGGCUUAUGGCCUGCAUGCUAUGCAGCAAACCCUCUGUCCAGGAUAUAAGGGUUUGUGUGAAGACAUGAGGCCCAUUGAUGGUCGAAAGCUGCUGGAAUUCCUGAUGAAAACCAACUUCACUGGUGUAUCUGGGGAGGCCAUCCUCUUCGACGAGAACGGAGACUCACCUGGCAGGUAUGAAAUCAUGAACUUCAAGCACAUUGGUGAGGAGGAAUACGCUUACAUCCAUGUGGGAAGCUGGGAUCAGGGUGGCCUGAAAAUGAACGAUGAGGAAAUCUGGAGUAAUGAAAGUGAAGUCAUCAUGUCAGUCUGCUCUGAACCCUGCCAGAAGGCACAGAUAAAGGUGAUCCGUAAAGGAGAGGUGAGCUGCUGUUACUGCACUCCCUGCAAGGACAACGAGUUUGUGUUUGAUGAGUACACAUGUCGAGCGUGUCUCCUCGGCUCCUGGCCCACAGACGACCUCACUGGUUGUGAGCCUAUCCCGGUGCAAUACGUGCAAUGGGGGGAUCCAGAGCCCAUCGCUGCAGUGGUCUUUGCCUGUCUGGGGCUCCUGGCCACACUUUUUGUUACUUCUGUCUUUAUCAAGUUUUGGGACACCCCUGUGGUAAAGUCUUCCAGCCGUGAGCUCUGCUACAUCAUCCUGGCUGGAAUAUGUUUGGGCUACCUGUGCACGUUCAGCCUUAUCGCCAAGCCUCACAUAGUCUACUGCUACCUGCAGCGCCUGGGAAUCGGCCUGUCACCUGCCAUGAGCUACUCUGCCUUGGUCACUAAGACCAACCGAAUAGCACGGAUCCUGGCAGGCAGCAAGAAGAAGAUCUGCACCAAGAAGCCGCGCUUCAUGUCCGCCUGCGCACAAUUGGUCAUCGCCUUCCUACUCAUACUGCUGCAGCUCGGGAUUAUUGUGGCACUUCUCAUCAUAGAGCCACCACAGGUGAUCUAUGACUACCCGAGUAUCCGAGAGGUCCACUUGAUCUGCAAUAUGACCACUCUGGGGGUGGUGGCGCCUCUGGGCUAUAAUGGCCUGCUUAUCCUCAGCUGCACCUUCUACGCCUUCAAGACUCGGAAUGUUCCGGCUAACUUUAACGAGGCAAAGUAUAUUGCCUUUACCAUGUACACCACCUGUAUCAUCUGGCUGGCUUUUGUUCCUAUUUACUUUGGCUCCAACUACAAGAUCAUAACCAUGUGCUUUAGUGUCAGCCUCAGUGCCACGGUUGCUCUCUGCUGCAUGUUUGUUCCAAAGGUGUACAUCAUGCUUGCCAAGCCUGAGAAAAAUGUCCGGAGUGCUUUCACAACAUCCACAGUGGUGCGCAUGCACGUGGGUGACGCCAAGAAGGCUGCCAAGACCGGCAAAUCCUCCAGCAGCAUGGCCAACUUUUUCAGACGCGGUGGGUCAGCGCAGGAUGAUGUCAGCUCCAAUGGUAAAUCUGUGACAUGGGGGCAGAAUGAGCAGAGGCACAGGCCCAAUCUUUGGAAGAGGAUGUCGUUCCAUGUCAAGAAGAAAGAAGCAGUGGAGGUGAACCAGACGGCGAUCAUAAAGCCCUUCUCUAAAGGUGCAGACACGCCUGCAGACACAGGUGUCAUAGAGCAGUAUGAAGAGCCACAGCCAUCUCAGCCGUGCUUCCAGCCAGGAGAGGACAGAGAGGAACCGUUACCCACCUACGUCCCCGAGCAUCCCGCAGAGGUGAGGAGAAGAGGCGGGGAAAACGGUCAGGGCGUCGGCAUGGUGGACGGCGGGGACAUAAGCGUCAUAGGCGUGGGUGACAUCGGCAUGGGGAUGAUCGGCGGACAGCCCCAGGGCACCACCAUCAUGGACCAAAUCAGCUGCGUAGUUAACCGCUUCACCGCCAACAUCAGUGAGCUGAACACCAUGAUGCUGCCGGGGGGAGUCACCGUUAGCACCGCUACCACGACCCCUCAGCCCCCUGCCGCAGACGCAGCCAACUGCCCACCACAGUACCUCGCAUCCAGGGGCAGACAAGCUCCUUCCACGGUCACCACGUAUGCCGAGGUCGCUCCAGUUUCUAAUUACUGCGAGAACAGACCAGCGGGUAAGAUUUAUGAGCAUCUGAGUAGCAGGAGAGCAAAGGAUAUGGAGGAGCUGGUGGCUCUGACGCCUCCGUCACCAUUUAGAGACUCAUCUUUAAGCUCUGACAGCAGCUCAACCCACUCAAUGUCGCCGGCCUCUGAGGCUGAAUAUGACCAACUAUUGCUGAGACACUACAGCCAGAGCUCUUCCUCUCUUUAAAUCAUCUCGCUGCUCUUUUUUUGUCCUCGUCGUUUCUCCUUCAUUUGGAUUAUUUCAUGAAAAAGUACAAGCUUCGGACUCGACCAAACUCUUGGAUGCCUUUCUACGUGUGGAUAUUCUGAAUAUUUAAGCAUUUUUGUCUUACUUGAUACACCUACACAUGCCUCCAAAUGUAGAGAAAUACAAGACUGCAAAGGGUCAAUGUAGAAUAUAUUAUCAAUGUCAGCGCUUGAUCUUUUGUCACUGGAACUGAAACAUCACACGGGCAUUUGGAUGACAUUUCAAAGAGGUUUCUGACUGGUUUAAAACUUUCAAAGUUCCAAAGAAGUACUGAUGAGACUAUGUCAUUUUAAAAUGAUUAUUAAACAUAAGAAGAGGGGAUUGAUGGAGUUGUUAUAAGAAGUUUUCUGGGGGAGGUUUGCUCAUAUUUGUAAUCAUAGAAUGGCAUUUUCUUUUUUGAGGUAAGGCAUUAGAUGACUAAGGAUAGAUGAUUUGUUGAUUAAAUGCGAUUAGUGGUUUGUUUUUCUUGCUCAUACCACAGUAUUUCUGUUGGCUCUCUCAGUAUAUUGUCACUUUUUGUUUUCUUGUAAACUGCCAUUAUCUUAAACACUUUGAAACAUA